CUGUUCGCUGCGCGGUGCGGAGUUGAGCCGUGGCUGAAACGGUGAUUUUGUGGCGUCUCUUGACUUAAAGUAGAUCCGAUCGAGGAAAUGAUCUGACUGCUAAAACCCCAAGUUGCUGCUUUAAAUGAAGAAGACGGCGUUUAAGCUCCAGGUACAGAAGAAUAGAGCUCCAUCUUUAAGGAAAUAAAAGUGGACUGUCAUUCACACAGGCACCACCAGAACACAUCAGAGCUUUUAAACCUGAUUCAAGAAGGACUUUCGGCCAAUUUUCAGUUCAUCGGAGUUCCACAGCAAUUAUGCCGCAGGUGGACAUGAUCCUCUUCCUCAUCCUCAUCAUUGGGAUGUGCGUGUACGGCCAGGACCCUGCUUCCAAGGUGGUGUCCGACCGCUACGCCGUCUUCUGGAACAGAACCAACCCCAAAUUCUACCGGGGUGACUACCACAUCGACGUCUGCAUCAAUGACUACCUUGACAUCUACUGUCCGCACUACGUCGGCCCAGUUGCUGAUGAUCGAGCAGAGCGCUACGUCCUCUACAUGGUGAACUACGACGGCUACAGCUCAUGCGACCACAACUCCAAGGGCUUCAAGCGUUGGGAGUGCAACAGGCCUCUGUCGCCAAACGGACCGCUCAAGUUCUCAGAGAAAUUCCAGCUCUUUACGCCCUUCUCCUUAGGCUUUGAGUUCCGCCCUGGCAGAGAGUAUUAUUAUAUCUCCUCCAUCUCUGACGACAGAGGAAGAAGGAGCUGCCUUCGACUCAAAGUCUUCGUCAGGCCUCAGAACAAUUGUGUGAAAAACUCUGGGACCGUGGAAGAAGGAGUCAAUUUUGAUGAUAAUAGUCACAACUCCCUAGAACCUGGAGAUGGCGUCAGUCACGAGUCACCAGAGCCAGCAAGAAGGGAUGUGAACUCCGCUGGACGGUGCCAGACUUCAGUUCUCCUGCUCAGCUCCACCCUCAUACUCCUGGCUGUCAUCUUGUCUUUAUAGCGGCGAGAUGCAGAAAUCAGGGAUGGACUGUCCUAACUGGAGCACAGGCCGCUCUACCCUGCAACCUCUCCCCUCAAGGAGCACUUUUAAAAGAAAAAAUGAAAUAAAUAAAAAAAAAAUUAAAACAAAUCACUGACAAUCUCUCGUUACAAAGAGAGAGGAAGGGACUUCGGUGCUGAAGCCUUUGAUGUUUUUUGACUUUGUAAAAUGCCAACUAGUUUGAUUUUUGACUUUCUGGCGAGUGCCGAUGGUCAUGGCGCCGCAAGGUGAAAGCGUCUUUUACCUGUUCGCCUCUACCAUUUAAAGUAUGCAGAUAUUACACCUUUUUUUUGCAUUUAAAACAAGCACAGAAACAUGCUUUUAAACAUAUAAACACACAGGACACAAUGUCUACACAAUCAGUACACUUUUUAACGCGAAUGGCAAAGAAGCACAGCAGGACCCCUCUGAAGUUUACAGAUGAACUCUGUUUUUUGUUUUUGUUUUUUUACAUUACAUAACCUCCAACAUGUAACAUGAUUAAAUCUCACUUCAACGUGGAAGAAGAUCCUGGAGCGGCACAUCGGCAAAAAGGAAAACAAAGAAAGAUGCUAUUUGUUGGAGAUUGUUGGUACAGGCGUGGAGGUACGGGGCGGGCCUUUGAUGGAUUAACCUCUCUCUCAGGUUAAAAAGGAUGCAUUGUCUCAGACUGUGGAGGACCCUUUAUGAGAGAUUUAAAAAAAAAGAAAAAGUUAAAGAAGCACUCAUCUUUUAGUGUUUGGAUAGGAGGCGAUUUUAAUGGUUGAUUAAUGUAUGUGUUUGUUUUAUUUUUUAAUAAUUCACAUAACUCAAUUGUAGCAGCCAACACGGGUGUACAGUAAAAUAUUUGAAUGGCGCGUAGACAACGAUACGGUCUUUUGCCUGGCGAAAUGUAUUUUCCUAUUUAUUGUGAAGUCCUUGUGCUUUUUUCUGUUCUGGUUCAGUCUGUAAGUACAGUAGAAAGGCAAUAAAAAACAAACACCCUUACCCGUUAAGUUAGUUUAUAUUACCCACAGUUUAUUUGAUACCAUUAAACAAAAAAAACAACAACACAGUUUUACGUAUCUGUUUGGACUGCUCGUUGAUGAUGGUUUUUAAUUGUUUUUAACAAAGUCCGGGAAGAAGAGGAAAAAAAAAAAGUCUGAUGUGCUAUCAGGGUGUAGAAAUCGUAGAAUAUUUGUGUUUGAAAUGUCAUUAAAUGAAUGUCACAAAUGUAGUUUUACUGUUACACUAUUGUUUUUGUGAAUCACUGUCAUAACACAAACUAUUGUAAAUAGAAGGCAAAGUUCCUACAAAGUUCAGGGAUGUGUCCAUGCCUAACAUGAGGUCCAUUUUUUCUUUGUUUCUAUAUCAGGGAGAAUUCUCUUCCCUAAAAUAAAGUAGAAAUUUUAUGUGGCGAAAAAAGUUUCAGUGAGAUGGUAGGCGAAUUACAAAGCAGGUGGAAGAAGUGUGCGUAGGAUGGUCGGGACUGUGAUUCAUUUACCCUCUUUGAUGUCGUGUAAAGUGGCGUCUGUACAGAAAAUACACCGGGGGCACCCUCGUACCAGUUAUUUCUGGAAUGAAAAAAUCGACCACCAGAGGAGAUGGAAUAAACACGAGGUGGUGUCCUGUUCUCUUGGGGCAAACUGAAACUGACCUGAGAGAAGGGGGGAAAGAGAUGAAGAGGGCGAGAUGUGAAGCACUGUAGUGCCCAUGCUGAGAUCAAUAAUGCUCUUCUAUUUUCUUCUCGUGUGGCAGGAACAUGUGGUAAACGGAUCCUACCGUCACAUUCACUCAGCGCCAAAUAACACAGCCUUGCUAAUGUCACUGCUAAAGAACAACACCUGUACUGCCUGCUUGCUGGAAGCACGGGAGUGUUAGGGCCACUUUGGGUUAAAAUAAACCAAGUUAAGGAAAGAAACAGAAGUUUUGGUAAGAAAAGAGUAAAAGAUAGUAAUUACAUAGCAUAUUUUUUAGGUUCAAAGAUGCAAAUAUUUUAUUUGAUUGGCUCCCGUGCUAAAUAUACAUGUAGAUCAGGGGUGGGCCCCUGGCCCAUUCUGGCCCGUGGCAAAGGAAACUAAAUGGAAGGCCUGCAUAGGUUAAGUGUAUUUUUAUAAGUUUUACAGCUUUUUCUAUUGAUAAAGACCACCCCCCCUCCCACAUACACACUCACACUAUAACUACAAUAGACAAAAUAUAAAUGAGAGAAAAGCUCCUGUUUUCCACCAACUACUUUAAAAAUUUCAUUUUUUGUCCAGUCCACAGUAAAAGAAAAAAAAAAAAAGACAUUUUUCUAUUAAUUAACAAAAACCUUUUCAAUAAUUUUACACAUAUAAUGUAGUUUCACUGGUUCCCCCCACUUGAGUUGCCCUGGCUUAGCGAUAGACUGUAGAGAUUUCUCUUGACUAUAAUGGAACUAAACUAUGUUAGCCUUGUUAUCCUCAAAAGGCGCCAAAAAUAUACAUUUAAAAAACUUGGCAGAAUUUCUUUGCAAACUUUCUUUUGAGCAGGAACUAUUUUUUUUAAAUUACAACAGCCAGUUAAAGAAGGCAUGCAGUUAGCUAACAUCAGAUUCAUCUGAGGCAGGCAUGCCAUGUCACGAGCACGUAAUAAGACGUCACUUGCUUGCUAGGUGGUGUUCGUAGAAAGAAAAUACUUCUUGCAUAAAGUUGUUAUUAAGUAACCAGAAAGAGAUACCUCUGGAGGUUUUCAAACAUAUAUUUUUGGGACUUUUGUUUUAUUUCUGUUAUAAAUAUGUGUGGGGUAAUGAUUUCAGUCUACAAGGAUAAGUAGUGUAAGUCGUUAAAUUUGGCCCUAACACUCCAUCAUAGUGCAGGACACCCGUGGCAUAGAAGAAAAACAACAGUGUGUAACUUGUUGCAUAGUUUAUAAGUUGCUCCCUUAAAUACCGAAGACAAGACCAAAAAAAAUUAAUAGCUUUGAGUUUUCAAUUUGAUCCUCUGUACCUGGCAGAUACAAGGACCACUCUUUCAGAAUGGCUGGUAAACUGAAGCUGAUGUUUAAAACUGGUGGAGUGUCCCUUUAAAUUAUAACUUAUUUAAUUUAUAAUUACUUCCUCAAAUUUUCAAUAUAGUGCAUUGGGGUUUUUUUUUUUCAUUUAUUUCUGUGAAAUUAUCACCUCUCCUCAGGGACACAAAGGGAAGAAGAUGGGGGAUUUUUCUGAUAAAGCAUAAAUUUGUUACUUUACAUAACAUUUGCAUUAAAUAAUCUAUUUGCCCCCUUUACCAUUGGCAUGCUUCACUUUCUAAACAAAAACUUUAUUUAAUGGGGACCUAUUGUGCUCAAUUUUAACUUUCUUGUGAUUGGCUCCCCCUUACAACCAAGUUUGAAACCUGGGGCUUCUGUGCUAAGACGACCAUAUUAGGGUUAUCCACCCUUUAUGAUAUCAUACAGAACCAAAAGAGGAAAAACUCGUCUGAAACAGUGUUUAGAGCAAUCUGAAGCCUGAGCUUUGGCCUCACGUGGAUUACUUGUACAUACUUAUGUCAUUAUUUGAAUCUUUAGCCAUGCUUAACGUGAGCACCCAACAUUGUAAUAGUUUAUAUGCAUGACAGAAAUUAAGAAAAAGCAUAUUAGGUCUUAUUAAAAAUUAAGCUAAGAACUUGAGACAGACAAGAAUGGAGUAUAAAAGCAUUAUUUUCAGGAGAAUCAGGAAAUUAAUAGUUUGAGGUGAAAGGUUAUUAAUAUAGCGGCACAACAAGUACGCUGCGCAUCUGAAUUAGUUAACAGAUUUCUUUUCUGUCAUUUUCUUCAAGAGCUUAGUAAGAUUUAACUAACAUUUUCCUCCUUGGUCACAGCUUGGCCACUCGCCUCUCCAUGAACAUCAGUCCUGUUUUUUAAGCCUGGCCAAUAUUAAAAGUCCACUAUCAUUGAAAUUAUCGCCUCCAGCCACACCAUGUUGAGAACCCCCCCGAAACAAUCUGUUUGUUUUGUGGAUACUGUGUAUCCAACAGUUAGCGUGUUAUUACACACAGUGUUAGAUACUCCUUUUUUCUCGUCCCACACCUCUUUUAAAGGGCGAUUUACCUGACAUAUUAACGUUCUUUGGGAAGAAAAAUGUUUGAUACAAAAAAAUGCAAACUUUCAUUUUAUAUGUCUUUUAUAUGAAGCAAGAAAAACAAACAAGGAUCAUCAUUGCACUCACUAUCUGUAAAAUAUGUUUGUGCAAAUGUGGCACAUAUCAAACAUGCAGUACGGUUACAAUCAUGACUCAAAUGGCCUGACAAGAGUACAAAUGGAUGUCCAAGAGCUCGAAAAAUUUGUGUUUCCUUUUGUUUUCUUAAACCGCUCUUGAUUUUUUUUUUUUUUUAAUUGUUGCAUCCAAAGUGUCUUUAAAGGUCCAGGAUGUUCUUUAUUUCCGUUUGCUUAUCUACACCUCCAGCUGUUUCUGACAUGUAACAAUAAUAAUCAGUGUAAAAGCUCAAUGUGUUAGUGGCAGAAGAAGACAGUCCCACUCAAAUGCUGAUGUUUCGUGUGUUUUUGAGCAAACUGUGCUACGAGGAGGGUGGGUAACAUGCUCUAACCUGAUUUUGUUAUAAUGUAGCUUCAAGCUAACACCACUGUUUCUGUUUGCAGCAUCUGUUUCCCAUCCUCUGUAUCUGAAAUACAGAUGUGUGCUUUUUUUCUUCUGUUGCUCCAUCUAGCAGUGGGAAGCUUUUUGUUAGCCACAACUGUGUUUUCCCCUCCCCCAAGUAGACGUGGAUGUGCCACCAAACUGCACAUUUCUUUAAAACAUUGUAGUAACUGUACCUUGUGCCUAUACAAGUCCCAUCCUCUCCUGUACUCAUCUAAACUAUUCUAAUGUCUGUUUCCUGCUCAGUCCUUCACUAGAUUUUUCUACAAAACUAGAAAAAAAGGCAAUUUCUUUGUAAAUACACGUGUUGGAGCAGCUAUGACUAACUAAAACAAAAAAGAUUUAAUAAAUAUUUCUUUGUCGUUGUAA